GAAAAAUGGGAGCAGUGUGCACUUUUGACCCUCCGAAAUUUUCUUCAAUUCUGACCGGAUGCAGAAGCGGAGUUUCACCCCCCUGAAGCGAUUCUACGAGAGCGCCAUCUGUUGCUGUAGAACUCGUCAGUAAUUUUUUACUCCUUCAUCAAAAAGAAGACUGAAGUCCGAUUUUCCUAGAAUUUUCAGAUGAAAUGGCGAACUGAAUUAGAGGGAUCUACUGAAUCAUGGGUAAGCCAGGAAAGCAGUGCCCUCAUUCUACCACCGUAGAGAGAUUCUCGCAAGAGCAUCUUCAGGGCUUUAAACAGGGACGUUGCCGAGACUGCAGUGCCAAAGGACCUAACCUGUGGUUGUGCUUAGAGGUUGGAUGUCGUUAUGUUGGGUGUGGAGAAUCAGCCAAAGAUCACAGUUCUGAGCACUCAAAAAGUGCUGACCACAAACUGACCAUAAAUCUUCAAUCUCAACGUACCUGGUGCUACGACUGCGAUUGCGAGGUCUUUCCCGAUGUCCUCAUCAAGACGAAGGCCAGCAUGGGUGCAGAUCAUCCAAGGAGGAAGCAGAUCAGCAUCCCGGGACCGGAACGCAUCACCCAUCCUCACCAGCAUCAUCAUCACCAUGGCAACACUGAGGAGGAGGAGGAGAUGGAGCAUUCAGGAGCAGCUGCAGCACCAGAAUACUACCCUCAAAUCCCCAGUUUCCGUACAGUGAAUACUCCAGUCACACAGGCCCUGGAUGAAAUAGCACGAGAUGAAACCAAACCAAGAGGCUUGACUGGACUGAGAAAUCUUGGAAACACUUGCUACUUGAACGCCGGUAUACAGGCUCUUUCAAAUUGCCCGGCGUUUGCCCACUUCUUCUUGGAGUGUGGUGGCUUUGUGAAGACGGAGAAGAAGCCAUACCUUGCAGCUGCGUACCAGAGGCUCAUGGAAGACAUAUGGGGACGCCGAAGACCUAGUUACCUAACCCCAUCGAGUUUAGUCAACAGUGUGAAGGCAGUCUUCCCUAUGUUCAAGGGAUUUACACAGCAGGAUUCACAAGAGUUCCUUCGAUGCAUCAUGGAUCGUCUCCAUGAGGAGCUGAAGGAGCCGAUGUACCCGGAACCGGAGGACGACACCGAUGAAGACGUCCAGGACAGCAUAGAGAAGGAACAGCAGUCGGCGAGACGCCGCAACCGCGCCGGUUCCCCAUCCCUGGACACCCCCUACCACCGCACCCGUUCCAAUGAAUCCUUGAGCAUCUCAGAGGAGAUGGAGACUGGGAGCUUGCCAGAUAAUGACCAGUACAAUGCCCAGAUGCAGGAGGAUGCGGAUGAGAGGACAUCGCUCCAUCAUGGUGCUUUGGCAGGAGGCGAGGAACCCAGGAUCCAUGGGGUUGAUAAGAACCAUCCGCAUAGGAAGAGGACAACGGAUUCCUUCUCGGAGACAGAGCCACUUCAUCCUAACCCUGUACCAAGAGUUAAUAGCCGAACACGCACCACGUCAUCAUCGAGCGUCAAGUAUGAUCGUGAGAUGUACGAUAGCGAGAAGGAUAUUGAUGAGAUGGCCUCAGGGGACCAAGGAAUGAACACAAGCAGAGAGCAUGUUAAGAAGAAGAAACAGUCCCCGAAAUAUCGGAGCAUCAUAUCUGAUGUCUUUGACGGCAAGAUCUUAAGCUCAGUGCAAUGUCUCACUUGUGAAAAUGUGUCUUGUCAGAAGGAGACGUUCCAGGAUCUGUCCCUGCCCAUCCCAGGGAAGGAGGACCUGGCCCGGAUCCAGGGGAUGCCUAACAAGUCAACGGUGUCGUGUGCUGACACUCAUCGGAAUGCAGGAUGGAUGGCAUGGUUCUAUAGCUUCUUACCAGUGAGCUGGUUAUGGGGUCCUAAUAUCACCCUUGAUAAUUGUUUGGCUGCAUUCUUCUCUGCAGAUGAACUCAAAGGUGACAACAUGUACAGCUGUGAAAAAUGUAAAAAAUUAAGAAAUGGGGUAAAGUAUGUGCAAGUCCUGGAACUCCCGGAAGUCCUAUGCGUCCAUCUGAAGCGGUUCCGUCAUGAAUCCUUUACUUCCUACUCCUCCAAGAUAAACAGCUAUGUCUCCUUCCCGCUGGACAGCCUGGAUAUGACGCCAUACCUUGCAAAAGAUUGCAAGAAUAAGUGCGCUACCUAUGAUCUGAGUGCUGUUAUAUGCCAUCAUGGUACAGCGGGAGGUGGUCACUAUACAAGCUACGCUGUCAAUUGGCUCAAUGGUCAGUGGUACGAGUAUGAUGAUAUUUACGUCACCGAGGUCAGCCCGCUCCAGGUCGCUAACUGUGAAGCCUAUGUACUUUUCUACAAAAAGACAUCUGAGGAAGCCAUAAGAGAAAGACAGAAAGUAAUUGACUUAUUCGAACAAGAAGAGCCAAGCUUUCUUCACUUCUAUGUAUCUCUCCAAUGGCUGAACAAACUGAACAAUUUUGCUGAACCUGGGCCGAUCACCAAUCACGACUUCCUAUGUAAACAUGGAGGAGUACAACCCACCAAGGCAAGCUACGUGGACAAAUUAGUUCUGAAGAUACCACAGCCAGUGUGGGAUCAUCUCUAUCGAACGUUUGGUGGAGGGCCGGCUGUCAAUCGUUUGUCUCCAUGCUCUGUCUGCCAAACUGAGAUGGAGCUAUUAGAGAGAAGGCGGAAGGAAGAAAUGGAUACAUUCAUCACAAUGAAUGAAGAGUUUCAACAGGAUGAGUCCACCAACACCUCCGUCUACUGCAUCAGCCUGGCCUGGUUCAAGCAAUGGGAAGCAUUCGUCAAAGCCAAGCAAGCUGAACCUCCUGGCCCGAUCGACAAUAAACUUAUCGCAGUGACAAAGGGUGGCUACACAACUCUCAAACAAGGAGCUGAUUCAGGUCAGAUUUCGGAGGCCAUGUGGGAAUAUCUUCAUGGAAUCUAUGAUGGUGGCCCCGAGGUGGUCCUAAGACCCAACCCUCCUGCAAUCGCAGAACACCCCUCUACGGGAGUCGGGGGUAGGGGUGAGGAAGGGGCAGCUACAGGUAGCAGCAGCCCCAGAGAAGAAAUGUCCUGAAGCACCACGCUUGACUGUCUGACGUUUGAUUUAGUGAGCUACAUUUUGUUUUAAUCUUUGCUCAAUGACUUCAUUUUGAAUUAAAGGUGUCAAUAGUUCUUGGAUAAACACGUGGGAAUGGGCUAUAUGUACUGGUAGCAGUGACCCCUGAGAAGGACCACCCAGGAUCGACUGCCAACGUUGAGAGAAACAUUCAUCUCUUGUCUUUUUAGUGGAAAAUGGCAAUCAUUCCUGGAUAUCUCUCUAUACUUUGGAAGAUGGUUACUUACUGGUAACAUUGGCCGCUAAGAAGUGUCCUAAAUCAUUUUGCUAGAUUGCUAAUAAAUAAUAAUAAUUGCUGUAAUUUGUAUAGCACUUUUUGCCUGAGGAUACAAAGCACUGCCAUUAUUACCCCGGCUUUAGCUUGAGCUACCAUUGCCAGCGCUCAGUGCAUUCAAGGAAUUAAUCCUGUCGGGUACCCAUUCACCUCACCUGGGUCUAGUGCCGCACAGUGAGGAUAAAUUUCUUGCUGACGGAAAACACGCCAUGGCUAGGAUUCGAACCCAUGACCCUCUGUUUGAAAGGUGCGAGUCAGAACCACUAGACCACAACGUGCUAAAUGUAAAGAGCAACAUUUGUGUAAACCAGCUGAAUUCUUUACAAGAUUAUUUUUUAUAUAAUACCUGUGAACUAUAUGUAUGCUUUCAUUCAAGCAGUGCUAAUAGUGGUCGUCAAGCUGCAGAGAUUGCUAAAGCAUAAUAGAUGUGUUUUUGCCGGUAAAGUAGAUACCUGAACAUCGCGCUAUUCUAGUGGGGGAAUCGCACAAAAGAUCAUCACUCUCUGAACAAUGUCCUCACUGAUUGAAUCUGCUUCUUUAAUGCAAUGAUGAAGGUUAUAAUAAAAAUAUUCUUGCCUUAUAUUCCUCUUCGGGGCCCUCUAUCAUAAAGGUUUGGAAUACUAGUAAAUUGUAAGUUUGGAGAGAAUAAUUCUUAUUGGUUAUUGGUCAGUUGUGACUAUCAUUGGCCAUUGACUUUUCACAUUGAUUGUAGCAAUUGAUUGUUGUUGUUGAUGAGAUCUUUUUAUUUUUUUCCAUUAGUAUUACUGUUAAAGAUUUCAAACAGGUACUUGUGAUAAAUGAAACAGGAUGUGCAAAUUGUUUACAUACAUGUAGACCAACAUGCAAAUCAAAAGUUUGCAGACUCGGUGGUAAACCCUGUUUCUGAUCGUAUGGCAAUUGGCCUAUUUAUUAAGUGAUUCGAAUUUAUGCAAGUUUCUAUCCUGGUAAGCUAGUGAUGAGGUAUAAUUCAUUUCAUAUACCUGGAGUCCAGUGUGCAUGCAUCAGUUAUUGCUAUGUCUGACUCUGACAAGCCUCUGGCAGGCUAAUUAAAGUACAUGUAUGCAUGAAAUAUGUAAGUAAACAAUUCUAAUAUAAUAUCAUUUAAGAUGAUUAUUUUGUCAAUAAUGGACUUUUUUCCAUCAUUCUGUUUCAUUCUAGACUCAAUUUCAUGCAUUUUGAUUAUUUAUGUCAAAGAGAGAAAUCUAUCCAGAGCAUGGUGUAUGCUGUGUUAAGUAAAUGAGUUUGUAAUGAUACAAGAAUAUAUAAUAUAGUAUUCUCAUUUGCUGUGUGACCAGACAAUUGUUUUAAACAGCCAUUUGGAAAAGUUAACAAGCAAAGUCUCAUCAUUUUUUUGUGCAAAACGUUAGGCACUAUUAUAGAGAAUAAAAUUGAAGAAGAUUACAACUAUUGAAUUCAUUUUUUUUUUGUGUAUUCCAAAGACAAAUAGAAGGCUUCAAAAUUUUAAAGUGUCCAGACACCCCACCCCAUCCUACAUGUACUUGAAUAAUUUUUGCUUUAUAUGAAUUUAUCACAAGUGAAUUCAGGGGAAAGUUCAUGAAACAAAUGGUCAGUGAUUUUUGCUGACUAUUUUUAUAAGCUACUGAAAUCCUUGCAUCUGAUUGGCUGAGAGCAAAUUAGUCAGUGAAAAUCACUGACUAAACUUUUCAUGAAACACUCCCAGAAUAUGAGAAUCCAUAAUCUUGUAUUCAAACAUAUAAUACUCUGAUGAAAUUUAUAUAUAUAUUCUUAGAGCUAGUCUAGAUUUUAAAAGAUUUUUUAUGAAUAAAAACUCAAAGCACCCUUCAAAGCUUUGAAAAGAAAUUUAUUUAGUUGCUUGCAACUUAGUUCCUAUAUGUGAUUUGUUGAUAUACUUGUUUAUCAAACAUUUGUUAUUUUGUAACAAAAGUGUAUAUAUAUAUUUGUGACUUAUACCUUGUUAGCUGUACAUUGACCUGUACACAUUCUCAAAGUUUAUGGGUGUGGGUCAUCCACAUAUGGUCAUUCGACUAUGUUCUGUAGUGUGUACUGUGAGUUAGUAACAUAACAGAAAAGUCACAAAAAGCUCUAAAAACCAAGUGUGAAAGGGGCUAUGUUCUUUCAUGAAUGUGACAAUGAUAGCACAUCGAUGAUUUCUUGAUUUAAGUUGUGAGGCCUCUGUGUGUCUUACCAUUCAAUUAAUGUGCCAUAUUUAAUGUUUUGCAUAAUGUAUGUGUCACUCUGCACUCUUUAGGACUGCCGAUAUGUACAGUGUGAACAAAAGUGUGAUAAAUGCUACUUUUAGUUUUAAUUUCAUGAAGUAUAUAUUUGUUUCUUCUCACAAUUAUCAAGCAAUCCAUAUGUAAAGUAUGUUAUAGAAGGCGGGUCAUUUUUAGAAAUUAAUUUCCGAGUUCCCUGCCCCAACACUCCCUUCCUCCCCCCCACCCCUCUGUCUCUUUCUCUCUCACAUUUUUUACCCUUUCCGAUCCAUAAUGAUUUCUUAUAGAUUUAGUUAUGUCAACUGGCCAUUGCCACUCAUCAAAUUAUGGUCUGCAGCUGUGUUACUUUGGAAGAGCUAUUCUCAUUUUAGCUUUACCAAUAUUUUGUUUCCGAUUUGUGAAAAUGUUUUGUCACUUUCAAAUUUAUUUCUAUUUAUGUAUUUCUUUUAAUAGCUUUUUACAUUUUUUCUUCUACUUAUUCCAAUGUAGGCCAAUUUGUUUCAAAGUUCAGCAAAUGCUCCAAUUUAUCUAUGAUAACGAGUUUGGUAUUUUACAAAAAUUGUUUUAACUUUUGGAAUAUGAAAUUGUGAUCCUGAUUUUCGUCUAUGAAAUCUAAAUGUUAUUUAUCCAUUAUUCCAAAUUAUUUGUAUAGAUGGAAUUAUUUAUUGUUGAUUUUAUUAAAAGCUACAAAGACAUGUGGUACAUGUACUGUACUAUAAACAU